AUGUUUCACAACAAAGUAACGAAACCAAUAUUGACACCUGCUUUUGUCCAAAUUAAUGAUGAUGAAAAAAUCACAGAACUAAAUCAUGAUGAAGAUUAUGGGAAUGAUUUUCUAAAUGAUCAUGAAAAUGUUGAAGAUAAUGAUCAAUGGAAAUUUUAUGGUGCUCAGGGGGAUGGGAGUUGUCCACAUGAGGGCAAUAUUGGUAAAAAUGAUGUUAAAGGUAAAGGUGAUGUUAAUGAUCACACAUAUGAGGACGAUAUUGGUAAAAAUAAUGAUUUUUUGAAUGAAAAAGAUGAUGAAGACGAUGAACAAGGAAAUGGAAGUGGAUUCAAUGAAUAA